UAUUGGCAGCUGUAUUGGCUUCAGUCUGGAUUGAUGGUGAACUCGAGUGCCUAAUAAUUCAGUGAACAGCAGUGUUCUGUUCCCAAGAAAACCAUGUGUUGAUCGUUUGCUGAGAUGGACUCGCAGUACGUGAGCCGGACUCUGGCGGUUUGUCUCUCUCAGGGUCUCGCGGAGCUGCUCGAGCAGAGGCCGCCGGAUCCCAUCGAGUUCCUGGCGCUCUGGAUCCUCAAAUACAAGCAGAACCAGGAGCUCCUGGAGCAGAAAUCGGCUCAUGAGAGACAGUUAGAGGAGGAGCAGCGGCGGCUUCAUGCUGAAACUCUCCAUCAGAAACUCCUGCAGGACGAGGAGACGCGGAUCAGAGAGCUCACAGAAUCAGCAGACGAGAGCAAACUCAGUCCUCCAGAUCAGGGUGAAGACGAGAUAGAUGCUGCACAAGAUCCUGGAGACCAGACAGAGUCAGAGACCGUGAAAGAGCUCUCAGAUCCCCUGAAUGAGGCUGCAGCAGAACAUCAGGAGGAGCCCGGCGAAGCUGCUGCAGGUGAGGAACAAACCUCUGAGAUCCUGAACACAGACCAAUCACAGUCUCAGGACACGCAGAAGGAAAAUGAUCAAGCAGACGUCCCAUCUGAAGAGAACGAGCCUGAAGCAGAGAAGACAGAAGAAGACUCUGAUGAGAGACAGACAGAAACUGAGGACAAAGAGGAAGAGGAUGGAGCCUAAACGCCAACAUGAUGUGUGCUUCACAUUCAUCUUUGCUACUGCUCACUUAAAUCUCAUGGAUAUUGAUAUUAAAUUAUAUUCAUGUUUACUGAACUUUUCUGUUGUGUUAUACGUUACAUAAUUAGUGUUUGUUAAGUAAGUCUUCAUUAGUACUAAUGCUGAUAGUGAUGUGAUGUGAUGAAACAUCUAACCAAAACA